CCAUGCUCAUACCAAACAGCAAAUAGCCUUUGAUUCCCUCGCCUUUAUACUUGACCAGGAAGCUGUAGGCCGAUAUCUCCUCCAAAACGACGCAGUUUCGAUUCAGGCCAAUAACAAACGAAGAAUCCUCUCGUUUUUCUCUGUAAUUGCCGUCUUUUCGUGUGUGUGUGUGUUUUUUUUCUCCGACAUGGAGAGAUAUGAGAUCUUAAGAGAUCUUGGGUCGGGAAAUUUCGGCGUGGCGAAGCUGGUCAGGGAGAAGGCGACCGGCAAGUUCUACGCCGUCAAGUACAUCGAAAGAGGCCAAAAGAUAGAUGAGCAUGUGCAGAGGGAGAUCAUAAACCACAGAGCCUUAAAGCAUCCCAACAUAAUCAGAUUCAAGGAGGUGGUACUGACACCGACACAUCUUGCAAUAGUGAUGGAAUACGCAGCAGGAGGCGAACUCUUUGAAAGAAUCUGCAAUGCCGGAAGAUUCAGCGAAGACGAAGCAAGAUAUUACUUCCAACAGCUUAUAUCAGGAGUCAGCUACUGCCACUCCAUGCAAAUAUGUCACAGAGAUCUCAAGCUUGAGAACACUCUCUUGGAUGGGAGCCCGUCGUCGCCGCAGCUCAAAAUAUGCGAUUUCGGCUACUCCAAGUCGUCGGUGUUGCACUCUCAGCCUAAAUCCACCGUUGGAACACCCGCCUAUGUUGCUCCUGAGGUCCUGUCUCGAAAAGAGUACAACGGCAAGAUUGCUGAUGUGUGGUCAUGUGGGGUAACCUUGUAUGUAAUGCUCGUUGGUGCUUAUCCUUUUGAAGAUCCUGAAGAUCCAAGAAACAUUAGAAAAACUAUCCAGAGGAUUCUGAGUGUUCAUUACACCAUACCGGAUUAUGUCCGAAUCUCCCCGGAAUGCAAACAUCUCUUGUCUCGUAUUUUUGUUUCCGAUCCCGACAAGAGAAUAACCAUACCGGAAAUCAAGAAGCAUCCAUGGUUCUUGAAGGAUUUUCCUCAUGGACUAAUGGAAGAAGAGAAAUGCAAAGGAGAAGUCGACAUUAACAAUUAUGUUAAAGACCAUGAAGAGGAAGAAGAAGAAGAAGAGUGUCAAAGCGUGGAAGAGAUAGUAAAGAUAAUAGAUGAAGCAAGAAAGCCAGUGGCGGGUAACAAUGGCGGACUAGGGUUAAUAGAUGGAAGCAUGGAUCUUCUUGAUGAUGAUGAUGAUGACGUCGAUGACGAUGAGAUUGAUGAUGUCGAGACCAGUGGUGAUUUUGUGUGUGCCCUCUGAUUGAUUUUAUCUCCUCCACCCACAUCCACGUUUAGAAAUGUAUACACACAUACAAACAUAUAUGCCACGUCAGCAUUGUGUGACUUUGCGUGAGUGUGUGUGUAUAUGUGCUGAUAGUGUUUGUAUGCACUCGUGGUAUUUAUAUAAUAAAGUGGAUAAAAGUAUAGUUGUAUC